UAGAAGCGGCAGGAGCAGCGUUAGCACCGGCGAACCAUGGCUGGGAUUUUUUAUUUCCUCCUCUUUUCGUUUCUGUUUGGGAUUUGCGACGCUGUCACCGGUUCCAGGGUGUAUCCCGCGAAUGAAGUUACUUUACUGGAUUCCAGAUCUGUUCAGGGAGAACUUGGGUGGAUAGCAAGCCCUCUGGAAGGAGGGUGGGAGGAAGUGAGUAUUAUGGAUGAAAAAAAUACGCCAAUCCGAACCUACCAAGUGUGCAAUGUGAUGGAGCCCAGCCAGAAUAAUUGGCUGCGAACUGAUUGGAUCACCCGAGAAGGGGCUCAGAGGGUGUACAUUGAGAUCAAGUUCACCUUGAGGGACUGCAACAGUCUUCCGGGUGUCAUGGGCACUUGCAAGGAGACGUUUAACCUGUACUACUAUGAAUCAGACAACGACAAGGAGCGUUUUAUCCGAGAGAGCCAGUUUGCCAAAAUUGACACCAUCGCCGCCGACGAGAGCUUCACCCAAGUGGACAUUGGCGACCGGAUCAUGAAGCUGAACACGGAAAUCCGGGAUGUAGGCCCGUUGAGCAAAAAGGGGUUCUAUCUGGCGUUUCAGGACGUGGGGGCCUGCAUCGCCUUGGUUUCGGUCCGAGUGUUCUACAAGAAGUGUCCGCUCACCGUUCGCAAUCUGGCUCAGUUUCCAGACACCAUCACAGGGGCCGAUACGUCUUCCCUGGUGGAAGUUCGAGGCUCCUGUGUCAACAACUCAGAAGAGAAGGAUGUGCCAAAAAUGUACUGCGGGGCAGAUGGUGAAUGGCUGGUACCCAUUGGCAACUGCCUGUGCCAUGCCGGGCAUGAAGAGCGGAAUGGAGAAUGCCAAGCUUGCAAAAUUGGAUAUUACAAGGCCCUGUCCACGGACGCCAGCUGUGCCAAGUGUCCACCACACAGCUAUUCUGUCUGGGAAGGGGCCACGUCGUGCACCUGUGACCGAGGCUUUUUCAGAGCCGACAGCGAUGCUGCCUCCAUGCCCUGCACCCGUCCACCAUCUGCUCCUCUAAACUUGAUUUCAAAUGUCAACGAGACUUCAGUGAACUUGGAAUGGAGCAGUCCUCAGAACACGGGUGGCCGCCAGGAUAUUUCCUACAACGUCGUGUGCAAGAAAUGUGGACCAGGUGACUCCAGCAAGUGCCGACCCUGCGGAAGUGGGGUCCACUACACCCCGCAGCAGAACGGACUGAAGUCCACCAAGGUCUCCAUCACUGACCUCCUGGCUCAUACCAACUACACGUUUGAAAUCUGGGCAGUGAACGGCGUAUCCAAGUAUAACCCUAGCCCAGACCAAUCUGUGUCCGUCACUGUGACCACCAACCAAGCAGCACCCUCAUCCAUUGCUUUGGUCCAGGCUAAAGAAGUUACAAGAUACAGUGUUGCUCUGGCUUGGCUGGAACCAGACCGGCCCAAUGGGGUGAUCUUGGAGUAUGAAGUCAAGUAUUAUGAGAAGGAUCAGAAUGAACGAAGCUAUCGGAUUGUUAGGACGGCUGCCAGGAACACGGAUAUCAAAGGCCUGAACCCUCUGACUUCCUAUGUUUUCCACGUCCGAGCCAGGACAGCAGCUGGCUACGGAGAUUUCAGCGAGCCCCUGGAGGUCACAACCAACACAGUGCCUUCCCGGAUCAUUGGAGACGGGGCCAACUCCACCGUCCUGCUGGUCUCCGUCUCCGGCAGCGCAGUGCUCGUGGUUAUUCUCAUCGCCGCUUUUGUCAUCAGCAGGAGACGGAGUAAAUACAGUAAAGCGAAACAAGAAGCAGACGAAGAGAAACAUUUGAACCAAGGUGUUAGAACUUACGUGGAUCCCUUUACGUACGAAGAUCCCAACCAAGCAGUUCGAGAAUUUGCCAAAGAAAUCGACGCAUCCUGCAUUAAGAUUGAAAAAGUCAUAGGAGUUGGUGAAUUUGGUGAAGUAUGCAGUGGGCGUCUCAAAGUGCCUGGCAAAAGAGAAAUCUACGUGGCUAUCAAGACUUUGAAAGCUGGUUAUACAGACAAACAGAGGAGGGACUUCCUGAGUGAGGCCAGCAUCAUGGGACAGUUUGACCACCCAAAUAUCAUUCACUUGGAAGGCGUUGUCACCAAAUGUAAACCAGUAAUGAUCAUAACAGAGUACAUGGAGAAUGGCUCCUUGGAUGCAUUCCUCAGGAAGAAUGAUGGCAGAUUUACGGUCAUUCAGCUGGUGGGCAUGCUUCGUGGCAUUGGGUCCGGGAUGAAGUAUUUAUCUGAUAUGAGCUACGUGCAUCGAGAUCUGGCUGCACGGAACAUUCUGGUCAAUAGCAACUUGGUCUGCAAAGUGUCUGAUUUUGGCAUGUCCCGAGUGCUAGAGGAUGAUCCAGAAGCAGCUUAUACCACCAGGGGUGGCAAGAUUCCUAUCCGGUGGACUGCACCGGAAGCAAUCGCCUAUCGUAAAUUCACAUCAGCAAGUGAUGUAUGGAGUUACGGGAUCGUCAUGUGGGAAGUGAUGUCGUAUGGAGAGAGACCCUAUUGGGACAUGUCCAAUCAAGAUGUGAUUAAGGCCAUUGAGGAAGGCUAUCGGCUGCCCCCUCCAAUGGACUGCCCCAUUGCACUCCACCAGCUGAUGCUAGACUGUUGGCAGAAGGAGAGAAGCGACAGGCCUAAAUUUGGGCAGAUUGUCAACAUGUUGGACAAACUCAUCCGCAAUCCCAACAGCUUGAAGAGGACGGGGACCGAGAGCUCCAGACCUAACACUGCCUUGUUGGAUCCAAGCUCCCCUGAAUUCUCCACCGUGGUAUCGGUGGGCGAUUGGCUCCAGGCCAUUAAAAUGGACCGGUAUAAGGAUAACUUCACUGCUGCUGGUUAUACCACACUAGAGGCUGUAGUGCACAUGAACCAGGAGGAGUACAUUCUGCUAUCUUGGCCUCACAGCCCUUCCUUUUGAUUACAAAGCCCACAGAAGCAAACAGAACACACCCUCCUCAGUUUCUCCUAAACGUGUUUCGUCUGCUUCUACUAUGCCAGUUCUGGAGCAAAGACGCUGAUGAAACAACACUCAUUCCUGAAAAGAAUACAUUUCUGACUUUCAAAUCCCCUUUCCCAGUGAAAGGAAUGGCAAACAUUCAAGCUUCAGCAUCUGUUCUCCAUUUGCACUGAGGAAUGUCCUGUCUGGCAGCACCAGCUCUGCAGAGCCCCUGUUCCCCAGCUCCUUUGGUUUUAUUUAUAUGUAUUUCCAUAGCUCAUUUCUGUAUGUCCCUGCUGCAUUGGUGUGGCAGCAAGUGACCGAAGGCUACAGGUUUCACCACGGACACCAGGUCCGGUGCCACUACACAAAACGAAGCCAGUUCCCGUGAGCUGCCUACGAUAUGCAUUGCUGAAGUAACGUUUUACCCAGGGUGUGCCAUCGCAGUGAUAUAAAUAUAUUUUUUUCCUAGA